UGUGUAUGCAUGUGUAGACACUCAAAUAUAAUCACAUACAAACUUUUGGAAGGCAUGCAAGCAUCUGGAUAUAUUUGACUAGUCCAUUGACAGUCUACCAUUGAGCUCUUGAAUGUAUGUUAAGUGUUCAAACAGGCAAAGUUCUUGCCCUCAGUCGUCACCUCCAACUGUUCCCAGACUGAGACCCAAGUGGGAUUAAGGAGAUCAUUGGCAUUUCUUAGGGUGCAGUGGUCCAGCUGACUGUUAACAGCAGAGCCUGCUUCUGUUUUCCUUCAUAUUGAUGUUGCUAGUGUAAGGCCUCCAACACAAAACUGACAGCUCCAACUGACUAAGCUAUAUUUUGACUGCUGAGUGUUUUCAGCGUUUUAUGCUUUUAUGUUUCCUUUUUAUGAUUUAUAGGCAGUUUGUGGUGCAAGAGGUUGUUUCUUAAGUCUCACCAAACAUUCUAGAAAGUCUUCAUGAGGUUGUCAGUACUAUCCAGUAGGAUAAAAUGAUGAAGAAUUGAUGUUUGUAUCAAUAACAAAGUGAUAGAUUAGCUUUAUUAAUAGUUGUAGGAAUAGAGCCAAAUUAUUUUCAUCUGAGGGAGGACAGUUGUGUGAAUUACAAUUUAAGGUGAAUUUGAAGGCUUUGGGCAAUCCAUGUGACUCAAAUGUUCAAAGAGAAUUAACUAGUGCUCCCCUUGUGUUGAGGUUUGACUGCUCUUUGGGUUAGCAUGUGCACUUAUAGAAUAGAAUGUACCAUGGGGGUUGGGGAGGAGGCAAGGCAGAGACAGCCCUGUGGUGUGAGUAUUGGAUAUGGCUUCUUUCAUAGGCAGAAAAUCAACCUUGCUCCUUAGGAAAGAGCCUGUGGUUUCACAAGGAGAGUUUUCUUUAAUUACUAAGUAUGGUUAAAACUACAUCUUGCUCCUUUUUAGAGGCAUAAUUUCAUCUAUACCUUCUCAACUGCUUUACUUAGAUUGAUGCUAUUUGUUGACAGAAUUCCAAACAAGUGAUCCAAAGAAGCUCACUGAUUGAAGUCCCUGGCUGCCACCUAGUCACUUUCAGAGAAGCCUGUUUUGAGUCUGGACCAUCUUUAGUUAAUUCCAGCCAUUGGGCUUUGCUGGUUGCUAUUUCCACCUUCUGUAUGAAAUUUUCCUUAGAAUUAAAGUCCCAGGUGCAUUUUAUUGCAAAUUAUGCAAGUUCCUAGAUUUUUCAUUACAGGCAGCUUUGAGGCUUUACUUCACUCAGGUGUAGAAGGCCAGUCUGGGUUUAGAUUCUGUAAUGAAUAAAAAGGGUAGUAACUGAGGGACAUCCCACACAGGUAACUGGCUUCCCUGAGUACUUUCUGAUGUGGUGUUGCUGACAGGUCUCAACUGUGAGUUUCUAAAAUGUAUCUGUUGGGAUUAUCAUGUCAUCUUGUGAGUAUUGUGUGGAAGUUAGGUGAGAAGAGACGUUUGCCCUCCCCACCCCCAUCUUUACAUUUAGCUUUGGGGAUAGAUGGGCUGGACUCAACUGCCUCUUUGCUCCUUGUCACUAUACCACCCACUAAAGUAGUUUUUCUUGCCUCUAGCAUAGUUUAUUCAAAUGGAAGUUCUGUAUUAAGCCCUUCCAAAAACUUUGCCUGGCUCAUCUAAUCUGCUGGAGGACUUAUUAGAGAAGGAGCCCUAGAAGUUCAGUUCAAUAACCGUCUCUGCAACUCCAGUCUUGCCGGGCAGGGGCCAAGUGCACAGUUGGCAAUUCUCAAAAGAUCUUUAAGUAAAAUUUCUGACAUACCGAUUGAUAACAGGACAGCCAGAAAAAGACAAGAAGAAAAAGUAGCUCUUCCUUCCCAGUGGUCAUGGAAGAGACCCGGAGAGUGUCUGCACUCUCUGGGGUUGGGACUGUGGUGGCGGUCACCAGAGGAUCGGCACCCUGCGUCCUACCCCCACUCCCUCCCCCACCCCACCCCCGCGUCCGCCACCCCGCACGCCCGCAGAGACUGGGCUCGGCCAGCUCAGCGCAGAGUUGCAGCGGUGGCCGGAUGCCAAGUGUAAGUGAACUUUUAUCAGGCAGAAAUGCAUCGAACAACCAGAAUCAAGAUCACUGAGCUAAAUCCCCACUUAAUGUGUGUCCUGUGUGGAGGGUACUUCAUUGAUGCCACUACCAUAAUAGAAUGUCUACAUUCCUUCUGUAAAACAUGUAUUGUGCGUUACUUGGAGACCAGCAAGUAUUGUCCUAUUUGUGAUGUCCAAGUUCACAAAACUCGACCACUCCUGAACAUAAGGUCAGAUAAAACUCUUCAAGAUAUUGUAUACAAAUUAGUUCCAGGGCUUUUCAAAAAUGAGAUGAAGAGAAGAAGAGACUUUUACGCAGCUCACCCUUCAGCAGAUGCUGCCAAUGGCUCCAAUGAAGACAGAGGAGAAGUCGCGGACGAGGAGAAGCGGAUGAUAACUGAUGAUGAGAUAAUAAGCUUGUCUAUCGAGUUCUGUGAUCAGAGCAGAUUGGAUCGGAAAGUAAACAAAGAGAAGCCUAAGGAAGAGGUGAAUGACAAAAGGUACCUCCGAUGCCCAGCAGCAAUGACUGUGAUGCACUUGAGGAAGUUUCUGAGGAGUAAAAUGGACAUACCUAAUACUUUCCAGAUUGAUGUCAUGUAUGAAGAGGAGCCUUUAAAGGAUUACUACACACUAAUGGACAUUGCCUACAUUUAUACCUGGAGAAGAAAUGGCCCACUACCUUUGAAAUACAGAGUUCGGCCAACUUGCAAAAGAAUGAAGAUGAGUCACCAGAGAGAUGGACUGACACAUGCUGGAGAGCUAGAAAGUGACUCUGGGAGUGACAAGGCCAGCAGCCCAGCUGGAGGUGUCCCCUCCACUUCUUCCUGUUUGCCCAGCCCCAGCACUCCAGUGCAGUCUCCUCACCCACAGUUCCCUCACAUUUCCAGUACUAUGAAUGGAACCAGCAACAGCCCCAGUGGUAACCACCAAUCUUCCUUUGCCAGUAGACCUCGAAAACCAUCAAUAAAUGGGUCAUCAGCAACUUCAUCUGGUUAAGACUGUUAAGGAAAAGAUUUUUCAACCCCUGACUUAGAUACCUUCAUCCAUUACAGCUUUAUAGAUGCUAAUACAUGUGACUGUCGUCCAGUUUGCUUCCUUUUGUAGUGACAUUAAAUUUGGCCAUAAAAGAUGGACUAGAUGUGAUACUUCAUGUGGAUGUUAAGUGAAAGGAAAGAAUCUUUCUCUAAAGUAUUGGAUUCUGAGAAGGCUUCUGUGUUAGGAAAGAUGUGAAAUGGUCUCUGUGACCACUGUUUGGAUCUAGAGCUGUUCUGCAGUGGACAGACACUGGGCCAUAGUUUGUUAAUCUCAACUAACGCCUACAUUACAUUCUCUUUGAUUGUUCUUGUUAUUAUGCUGUUUUUGUGAACCUGUAGGAAACAAGUGCUUUUUAUCUUGAAAUUCAGCAAAUGGAAAGAAUAAGCAUAGAAUACUGCAUUCUGUGCAGCCAUGUCACUGUGAAUAUCAAUUUCUUGCAUAUUUAGCCAUUUUAAUUCCUGUUUGAUUUUUACUUCUCUGUUGCUACGCAAAAUGAUCAAAGGAAACUUGUUUUACAAUCUGUAUGCCUAAAAAGCGGGUACUACCGUUUAUUUUACUGACUUGUUUAAAUGAUUCACUUUUGUAAGAAUCAGAUGGUAUUGUGCUUGUUGUACAAUGCCAUAUUGGUAUAUGACAUAACAGGAAACAGUAUUGUAUGAUAUAUUUAUAAAUACUAUGAAAAUAUUGUUUCAUGCAUUCAAAACAGUUGUAAACUUCUCCAAAUGGGUUCGACCUUUGCAGAUACCACAGUGUGCACCCUAUGCUGAAGCUCACCACCAGCACAGAAUUUGUUUUAAUGCUGAUAACUAGUUUCAAUUUUUUUUCCACUUAGAAGCAAAUGGCAGAUCUUCAUAGUUCUGGCUUUUCUCCAAUAAUACUUUCAAAAUUAAUAUUGCAGUAAAGAAAAAUUUUAACCAAGGUAAAUAUAGUGUUUUCAUUUUCCAUUGGUUAAAAUAGAAUUAAUGUGUUUUUAAAUACUAUUUAUCAGUGGAAUUCUAAAACAGAUUUUAAAGUCAGCAAAUUGCUGAAGUAAAGCAUUUUAUCUACAGUUUUAUUUUAGUGUAUGCGGCACAAUUGUAAUUUCAAAUUUAAGAGUUGUUUUUAUAGUUAAAGGAAUCUGCCUUCUAUGUGAUGUCUGGAAAUAAAAGCAAUUUAUUAUGAGUUUCUACAGGUGUUUUUAAAUAGAGCGAACAUGUUGAAUUUAAACUAUGAAUGACCCCUGCAAGUCUCAUUUCUGCUUUGGUCGAACUUAGUGUGUGUUUAUCAGCCCUCAGUUAUUGGUGAGGAUGUUUAUUCCAUGUGAAUAUUGUUUAAUGUUUGUGUGGAAACUGUCGCUAAGCAUUUCAUUGUCUGCAGUCUGCAAAAGAAGCACAAUUCUAUUGCUUUGUCUUGCUUAUAGCCAUUAAAUCAUUACUUUUACAUAUAUUGCUGUUACUUCUGCUUUCUUUAAAGAUUUAGUAAAUGAUGUUUUAUGAAGCCACAAAAUACAUAUAUUUUUAUUUUGACCUAAAUUUGUACAGUCCCAUUGUGUGUGUCAUUUCUAAUUAUAGAUGUAAAAUUAAAUUUCAUUUUUAAUUGGAAACAUUCAAUAAAAUGAUAUUCGUUUAGAAAAUAGCUAUGAUCUUUAAUUAAAAUUUUGCUAUGAAAAGCACAAUGUGCAGAAGUUUUGGGAACCCUGUAGUGGAUUGUAAGAGCUAAAACCUAAGGAAAAUACGAUUUUGUCUUCAAAUGAUGUUAGUAAACGCUUUGUUGUACAUUGCUUGGAAGCCCAAUGAGAGAAGUAUCUGUUUAUUUACAAUCUUUGAGGCAAAAGUUACCAAUGUUUGCCAAUUUUGGUGAAUCUAACUCAUUUUUCUAGGCUUUUCUCGAGGUUUUCAUGGUGUUAUCUAAGACAAAAGACAUCUCACCUUCUAUGAUGGACUUCUGAGAGUACUUUUGUUAAAAAUAAGUCAGAGGUACUUAGGGCUUACUAAGCAGUGUGUCACCAUACUUGAAAACAUUUCCAUUUAAUGUAUCUGGGAAGAGGCUUUUUACCCUUACUCAAUUUGAAAAUUGCUUAAGCUUAAAGGAUAUUUCAGUCAAAAUUUGUCUUUUAAUAAAACAACAGAAAGAUG